GGCAACCAUUUUUAUCCAACUACUGUUCAGCCAAUGAAAAGUCGCGCUGUUUCCAGUGAAGGAAGGAGGCGGAGGAAGGAAUGCUGCAGGAUGCUUAUUAUCAUGGCUGUCUAACCCAGUGGCUAUUAGAUAAAACGUCCGUUUUCAUGUAACAUUUACGAGAAUGAUAUCCACCAUGUCCGCUGCAGCUGUUGCGGUAUGGCUUGGUACGGUUUCAGUUGUCACCAUCCUGUCGAGGUCACAUGCAGAUCGUAAUGUCUACCCGUCUGCAGGAGUGCUGUUUGUCCAUGUUCUGGAAAGAGAGUAUUUCAAAGGGGAGUUUCCUCCCUACCCAAAAUCAGCAGGUGAUGCCAGCAAUGACCCAAUCACUUUCAACACCAACCUAAUGGGCUACCCUGACCGGCCAGGCUGGCUGCGCUACAUCCAGAGGACGCCACACAGUGAUGGUGUGCUCUAUGGCUCCCCCACUGCAGAGCAUGUCGGCAAGCCCACCGUCAUAGAGAUUACUGCCUAUAACAGACGCACUUUCGAGACGGCACGGCACAACUUGGUCAUAAAUAUCAUGGCCACAGAAGAGUUCCCUCUGUCCUACCAGGCAGAGUUUUACAUCAAAAACAUGAACGUAGAGGAGAUGCUGGCCAGCGAGGUUCUGGGGGACUUCCUGGGAGCAGUGAAGAACGUAUGGCAGCCUGAGCGCCUCAAUGCUAUCAACAUCACCUCAGCGCUGGACCGUGGCGGCCGUGUGCCCCUGCCCAUCAAUAACCUCAAAGAAGGAGUGUAUGUGAUGGUUGGUGCUGAUGUUGCCUUCUCAUCGUGCCUGCGGGAGGUGGAAAGCCCACAUAAUCAGCUGCGAUGCAGUCAGGAGAUGGAGCCUGUCAUCAGCUGUGACAAGAAGUUCAGAGCUCAGUUUCACAUCGACUGGUGUAAGAUCUCUCUGGUUGACAUCAAUAAAGUAGUCCCAGUAUAUAUUACCCGCCCUGACCCAGGCACAGGGAUCCUGCCAGAAUUUGGGGAAUACAACCCCCCCUCUGAGUCUCUGAAGAGCCGGGACUACUUUUCUGACUUCAUUAUCACACUGGCUGUUCCCUCCGCCGUGGCGCUUGUCCUCUUCUUCAUCCUCGGUUACACUAUGUGCUGCCGACGAGAAGGGGUGGAAAAAAGAAACAUGCAAACACCAGACAUCCAACUUGUUCAUCACAGCUCCAUCCAAAAAUCCACCAAAGAACUGCGGAGCAUGUCUAAGAACCGGGAGAUCUCCUGGCCCCUCUCCACGCUGCCCGUCUUCAACCCACUAAGUGGAGAGGUGGUACCACCCAUCCACCCUGACAACUAUGAGACCACCAGCAUGCCUCUCAUGCAGACGCAGACGAACCUGCAAAACCAGAUUACAAUACCACAGCAGCGGCCAUCAGGAGAUAAUUAUGUCAUGUCAACAUUUCGAAGGCUGGAGGUAAAUGGUAUUCCUGAGGAGAGAAAGGUGGCCGAAGCACUGAAUUUGUGACACGAAACACCAGUGCUGGAGAUCGUUUCCAUGUAUUUGUACAUCUGUGCCAAUCUGCAUGCUUCAGAGUAUCUUAAAGAUUUAUCAUCUGUACUGUGUGCACUUACACUUUGAAGAGUCAAUGUAUGAAAGAGAACAAAAGAGCUUAACUAAUUAUAAAGAUACACUACGAUAUUUUGGAAUAUGUGUAUAAAUGUUAAAACUAUGAUGUUUGUAUUUCUGUGUAUUUUGCACAGUGAACCUCUUGGAGGAAAAGGAAAAUGUUUUGUGCUAUUAUAUGUAAUGUGUUACAUGACAGCAAUAAAUUCAUUCAAAAUAAUUU